AUGCUUACUGAGGUAAAACAGAAAUGCCUGAAUCUUGUUCCUCAACCAGAGAUCUAUCUUUGUCAUUCAGACCGGCAUGGUGUAAUCCAAUGCCAAACUGCAAGGUGUGCCUCAGAAAAGCACAAAAAAAAUCGAAUCAACGCAGCAGCCGAAACUGAAAAAAAAAUCCAAGCUGAGUUGAGAGAGAGGCUCAAGACCGAGUAUUUGAAUUUUGAAGAUUGGAGUGCGAGUGCAAGCUUCGUGUUCGCUUCUCUGUCUCUUCAUUUCGCUCGCACACCACAUUCCUCAGCGAGAGCAAGCUUCAGAGAGUCAAUCCAAUCCAAUCCAAUCAACGCAACAACCGAAACGAAAGAAAAAAUUUCGAAGCUUGAAUUGAGAGAGAGACAGAGAGAGGGGCUCGAGACAGAGUCUUUGAAGCUUGGAAGCGCUUAUAGAGAAGGAAAUGGCUGUGACUGCGAGUGCAAGCUUCGUGUUGGGUUUGAAUAUAUUUCAGAGUACAGCCGCGCGGCUACACCGUUAAAAUAUUCGAAUAUAUUCAAAGCGUAUAGCCGCACGGCUAUUCCUUUAAAAUAA